CAUAAAAACAAAAACAUUCACAGAUUUGUCACAAUUUAUUCAAUUAAUUGCUUUUAAUUGCUUUCAAUUGAUGUAACAUUUAUUGAAUUCAAUUUUCUUACGAUUAAAGGGCAGACAUAAGAGUGACUCAAAUGAACACAAAUAGUGACACGAAAUGCAAGAUAUAUGUGACAAAUGUGUGACUUUUAGUUGAUCUCCAGUUUUGUUGACAAUAAUAAUAAUGAUUUAAAAAUUGUUAUAAAUAUUCAGUUUAGAGAUCUAUAGGUAUUAAGGGCUGAGACUUGUGUUGAGUAUUAUAUUUGGCGUAUAUUUGAAUAAAUGAUGAAAUGGUAGUGAAUGGCAAUCAACUCAUUGAAGGCAUCGGCAACGAAGUGGUGAUCUUCGGCACCACAUUCCUCGUCAUAUCAAUCACUACUUGUAUUGUCGUGUUUAAGAGGUGUCGGAGCGCUUACGAGAAUCGGAUCCAUCCGUCAAACGAGUCGGCCGUCAAUGAGACGCGACAACAGUUAUCGCAACUCUUUUCCGACCGAUUCAUCCGAAGGGUUGAUAAUAAUAAUGAAAAUACCAUUAAUUUAGUCAAUUCUAAUCACUACGGAAUGGAUAAUCACUGUCCCGUAUGUCUGAAUGAGCCGCGAUUUCCCAUCGAAACCAAUUGCGGACAUCUCUUCUGUGCUCAAUGUCUGAUCGUGUACUGGCGUCACGGCCAGUGGAGGGGCGGUCCCAUAAAGUGUCCGGUAUGUCGACAACAGGUCAGCGUAAUGUUGCAGUGCUUCCCACCGAACAUCACUGUCGCUGAUGAAGAGCCUAAUGAAAGGUCGCGUAUAUUGCAUGACGUGAAUGAUUAUAAUAGAAGAUAUUCAGGAGCUCCCCGUCCGUUGAUUGAUUAUAUAUACGAUUUACCGACACUUUUGCGUCACUUGACGUCUGAGUUCUUCACAGUCGGUGGGCUAAUGUAUAUGUUUAGGAUUCGCAUUGUUUUGUGUUUUGUCGCCGCUAUUAUGUACUUAAUAUCGCCGUUAGAUAUGAUACCGGAGGCCGUGUUCGGCCUCUUCGGACUCCUCGACGACAUAUUUGUGGUGCUUUUGCUCGCCAUUUACGUCACAAUCAUUUAUAGAAGAUUUCUGUCGCGAAGAUGGGAAGACGAGACACAAUGAGACACUCAAACACCUCACACCUAACCACUCAACCAAUUGACGCCAAAACAAAUGAACCAUAUUUUUAAUAAAAUCCAUAUUUUGAUUGACUUUCACUAGUCUUUAGUUUACUAUUUUCGUAUUUAUAGGCAUAAAGUAAUUCUGAUCUCUUUUUUGCUUUCAAAUACUGAUUAGUUUUUUCAUUUCUAAUGAAAUUUAAAUAUAUUUUUAAACUAAUUUUACACAUUCUUAAAGUACAGCC